AUGGUACCUCACUCAACACCCACAGGCAACUUAUUAGUCGACUCGUCAAGCUCAUUCCAAUUCGACGGCUACUUCUCUGGCGGCAACAAGCUUCUCAGCUCCGGAUACUUCUACUACUAUACAGAACACAUGUAUAUGACUAGAACUCCAGGUAUCAUCCAAAUCGAUGGAACUCUAGUUUUCGAAGGAAAUACAAGCUCAAACCAAGCACAAAAAAGGGCGAGUUUCUCGCUUUCAGGUUUCUGGUCUGAGAAUACUGGUGAACUCUGCAUGGUUGGCUCUGACCAGGUUGAACAUAACAGGCUGGUUUGCACUAUGGGUUCUGUUUGCAGAACAAGAAGCCAAAGUACCUCCUUUGUGCACUCAGUUGUCUUUAGGCUUAAUUACCCGAAGAACUCAAAUAUUUCCACUAGUCUCGUUAAAGGAACAGUUGAGAGCUUGGACCCUGUUGAUAGCCAAAAUUACUUUGAUAUGAUUUCAGUCCUAGCGUAUGCUCAGAUGAAUUACAGUUAUGCCAUGAUUUCAGAAGUUAGAGAUUCCUGCAGUUCUUGGGGUGUUCCUGAAAACGCACUGGGAAUAGAUGGUAGUGAUCCCUGUUCUUAUCUCCCUAGCUUGUUGUUUGGGAGAUUCAUGUUAGAUAUAAUUCCUGGGUUUUCUCCAAGAUUUAUGAAUUUUAAUCGGAUUCAAUGCUCAGAGAACGGGAAGAUACAUAUGCAUAUAUCAUUCUUCAAUAGUAGUGGUUACGAGCAUGACAAGAUGCACAUACCUGAUAGAUCUUUAGUGGGUGAAGGAUUUUGGGAUGGAGAGAAGAAGAAGCUCUGCCUUCUAGCAUGUCCAAUACUUGAUGUGCAAGAUUCUGGUACAAAUGGCUAUGUCGGUGAUUGUACUAUUGGAUUUAGCUUCUUUUUCCCUUCUGUCUUCUCUCUCAGGAAUCACAGUGCGACAUUGGGCAAGACAUGGAGCAACAAAGGCAAGAAUGCUCCUGGCUAUUUCCCUAUGAUUUCAUUCAGGAGUUUGGAGAUAGGUAUAGAUAUUCUGUCAGGUUGGAGAUAUGAAUAUACUGAAUUUGAUACUGUGGCAGAAUCGUUUUGCUUGAAUGAGAAAGCUCUUAGUUUUGGCAAUAAAAGACAUCCAGAAGGAGAUUCGAUGAAUGAUAUGAGAUUUGGUAUUACAGUGGUAGAUACCAAAGGAAAUAAAAUGUGGGGCUUCACGUCUCCCUUAAUUUUUGGUGAAACAAAUGUAUACAGCAUCUCUGAUCGGUUUUCUGAUACAGCUGAGGUAAGUCUCCCGACAUCAGAAAACAGAAAUCAGAGACUCUGGAAUAUAGGUUACAGAAUACGAUAUUCCUACGAUAUGAAACAAUGGAAAGAGAUCUCUGCAGAAGGUAUAUACAAUGCUGAGACAGGAAAGCUCUGCAUGGUAGGUUGUCAGUAUGUGAGUACGUUGUUAGACUGUAAAAUUCUCGUCAACAUCCAACUCACACCUAUAAAUCCAGAGGACGGAGAAUAUGUUACAGGGAAAAUCACCAGCACAAGAAAGAAGUAUGAUCCACUUUACUUUGAACCUUUAAGGGUGUCAUCGAGUAAACUAUACAACGAGCAAGAAACUGAAUCAGUAAUGGAUGUAGAAAUCGCCAUGGUUCUGAUUUCUCUCCCGCUUUCAUGUAGUUUCAUCCUGUUGCAGAUUUUCCAUAUCAAAGAGCAUCAAGAAAUGCUGCAAUCAAUAUCGAUCAUGAUGCUUGCUAUCCUGGCUGUGGGCUACAUGAUCCCUCUAGUACCGAACUUUAUGGCCGUGUUUUCCACGAGUCUUAAUGAGGGAAGAAUCUCACUGAGUGACAUCACAGUGAGGAUCAUGACAAUGCUGGCUUUCCUGUUGCAGUUCCAUCUUCUUCAAUCAGCGUGGACCAGCAAGGGAGUCAGCAUUGCAGAAAGGAAAGCUCUUAAGCUAUGUCUUCCAUUUUAUUUCACCGGGGCAAUAAUUGCUUGGUUUGUUCAUUGGAGAUCCUAUGAGUCUCAGAUGAAAAUAUCACUAUGGGGUUUGAUACUUGAUGGUUUUUUGUUCCCUCAGAUUAUCUUCAACAUGAUCUCGAAUUCCAGAGGCAAGGCUCUUCAUCCUCUGUUUUACGUUGGAAUAACUGGUGUUCGAGCACUGCCACAUUUGUAUGAUGCUUAUAGAGAUCGGCAGUGUUUCCCCCCUUUCAGUUCAUCAGAGAUGAACGCUAGCCCAGAUGGCGAGCUCUACUCUUUCGCUUGGGAUGUCAUCAUUCCUGUGCAGGGAUUCCUCUUUGCAUUGCUUGUGUACCUGCAGCAGCAGUUUGGGGGUCGAUGCCUUCUUCCCAAAAUGACCAGAACUGUUGGUGGUUAUGAAAUGGUUCAUGUUGCGAGUGCUUAG